CUUGAGAAACAGCCAGGACAGAUGAACAGAAAAUACAACAACAUUAACAUUAAAAUGGCCUACAAUCGAAACUACAUGUACCAGUAGAUCUAAUUUUGAAAGUAGUUCUCAAGGACAUUGACAUAUAAAGUAAUAAAAAUUCUAGACAACUAAAAUGAGACAUGUGGAACACCUCUGUAAAUGUAUCAUCUUAAAAGUAGAAUAGGUUUUCAAGGAGAGUUUCAAAAACACAUCGGCUUAUCGUUACAUGAACCUACAAUACUUCAGAAAUUUUAAUGUGCAACAUGACUUUGAAAAAUUAAGCUUUGAUAGUUUAACAUUAACAUUUUCACAUAAGUUAAUGACAUUCGAUAAACUUCUGCAGUCAAAGUUGGUAUAUCAUCACUAAUCACCCCAAAGGAAACAAGAACAACAAUAUUUCUAAACAAAUACGGAUUUAUAAACAUGAUAAUUCAGGAAAUUAGAUCAACCUCCUGCAUACAGUGAUCCUUGAUGCCACCUAGAGAUAAUGCUCCUCACUGAUUUACCAUAGUGAAGUAGAUGGGGUGAUAAUCAAGUUUGACGUCAAUAUAUCAAAAAACAACAUCAACGACUAUUUAUGGAUACAAUAUAAAAGACAAUAGGUUUAUCGUCCCUCUUAAAGAAUCACUCUAUAAUUAUUCCUUCAUGAAUGGCAAUACAAACAGGAUCUUCAAGUACGUAAUCCUUCCUCUUACUCGGAUUAGUAAUAAAAUAAACAUAAGCAUCAUAUUCACGAGGUAAGUGGAACGGAUAAUUUGUGAUGCAACAUUUGAAUGGUUAUUCAAGGAAAAUAAACACAAAUAGGUGUUUAUAUAACUGAAUAGGUGUUUAUAUAACUGAGGAGACCAAAUAAUGAACUCAAAUUUUCUAAAAUAAAUGAGAAAAUGAGAAAAGAAAAAAUUGUAUAAGAGUUACUAUGCUCGAAUAGGGAGUAGAUGAUCAGCUUUGAAGGACUAAUAAAAUAAAUUAAAUUGAAAGCAUGAAGCAGAUUUAAUGGCAAGCAAUCAGACUGAUGCAAUGAUAGCAUGCUACCUGAGAUAAGGAAAGUGAGAGAAGUAACACUACAUACUGCAAACGAUGAAUACGAUCCUAACAUCGAUGGCAUGAAAAACAAUAGAGAUUGUAGGGAGAAUUUACAUAAUUCUAUAUUCACAUUUUUAAGGACUAACUUCCAAAAGGUGUUAUUGAAGUUGGAAAAAAACAGAAGCUCAGUAGGAGUGACAUGAAGAUUGUCGUGGAUGUAAUUGCAUCGUAGAAAAGGAGGGAAAUUUCACACUUAUGUUAAUGUGACGUGCAUACGAACAAUUAACUGUUGAGCGAGAUCGUUAUAUUUGACAACAAACGUGAUAUAUUCAUUUUUACUCCUAAUGACGUGGAUUAUAAAAAUUAUGGAUAUCAGUUCUAAUCCAGUGACGGUAUAAAUUAUUGAAAUUACUGCCUCGAUGAUCAUCGUGACGAAUUAAUCACUCGAUUUGAUUUCAACAAUACACAAACUGAAUAAUUAUUAUUUAUAUCAAUGCAUUUGAUAUAAAAAGAAAUACACAGAAUAAGAAUUUGAAUCCCAUGUAUUCACAUUUAUACCACAAAUUAAUGGUCUACCUUACAAAGAAAUACGAAUCAAUAAUAUGGAAGAUUUACUUAUCAAUGGGACAUUAAAUAAUAUAACAAACAAUACGAACUCGACAGAACCAGAAGUUCUUUUAUUUAUCACAAUUUUUAGCAUUUAUCUUCCAGCUUUAAUCGGAGUAUUCGGCAUUGUGGGAAAUGCAUUAUCGUUCAUCAUUCUGCUUCACGAGCGUCAUACAUCGACAUUUUACCUACUUCGGUGUCUCGCUGUCUCCGAUACAUUAUUCUUAUUAUGUGCAAUGCAGAUACAAGUGACAUACUCUAUUAUUACAAAUUACUACGAUGAUGAUUUAGCAUAUGACCUGGCAAAAAAAGUGAACAUUCCGUUCAUCUGGCCAAUCGCAAUGGCAGCCCAGAUGUCCAGUGUUUGGCUCACUGUCUUCAUAUCAAUAGAGCGUUACAUUGCAGUCUGCCACCCAUUCAAGGCUAAAUAUAUUUGCACAAUAAAGACUGCACGAAGCACCUGCGUUGGGAUAAUGCUAGGGUGCCUUUUAUAUAAUCUUCCCCGAUUCUUUGAGUAUCUUCAAAUUAACGAUGACGGCCAUGUGGAAUAUACAUUUCACAAUAAAUCAGAGGUGGGUGAUAAUAUGGUCUAUCGCUACAUGUAUUGUGCGAUUCUUUAUUUCCUUUUAUUAUUUUGUGUGCCACUCAUGAUCUUACUCGUGUUGAACAUCCGAAUAGUUUACAUACUCAAUAGAGAAAAACACCUAUCACCAGCGAUGACAAUCAGUCAGAAGAAAGAACACAAAGUUACAAAAAUAUCUCUUUGUAUCGUCUUGGUGUUCUUCUUAUGUGGAACAUUAUCGCCUGUUACAAACUUCCAAGAUGCCAUAGCUCCAGAAAGUUUUCAGGAGAAUAAUUCUGAUGAACUUGCCAUUCUUACCCUUGUCUCAAAUCUUUUAGUUUUCGUAAAUUCAUCUGUAAAUUUUCUAGUGUAUUGCUGGUUUGGCGGUAGAUUUAGAGCCAGACUAAGAAAGAUGUUUCAAUGUUCGAAGCAUGGUUACACUAAGGCAUAUUCUUUCAGUAGGAGAGGCACCAAUGGGCAGACAUAUAUCAUGUCAUCAGUUUGCGAAGGCCACCAUGAUUCAUAGCUAUAUGAAGUGAUUCUCCGAAUAAAAUGUAGGUUUACUGCAUUCGUAUCCUGAUGAGAGUAAAAAACUAUAAAAAUAAUAAAAUAUGUAUCCUUUUGGAAUAUUAAUAAUGUUAAGUGCACUUGUAUCCUGUUCGCAAAAUCUUGAUAAGACUGCUUUUUAGUAUUAAUACUACAAAAAAUGGAAAAUGCUUUUUUCUGUAACCGUGGUUUUAUUAAGAAUACAUAAUGUUCAAAAGAUCAAAUCACUAUGAAAAUCAUCAUGAAUUUGGACACUUAACUUGGAGAAAAUGUAGAAUUUCACUCCACUUUUUGGUGAUUCUGAAGUCAUGUCUGCACUUCACCAGUUCAAAAUCAACUUUUGAAGUAAUUUGACACCACCUUCUAAUUUGCCUCACUGACCUUUUAUUGUUCCUCAAAACAUAUUUUCUCAAAAUCAGGAAAUAGGGUGAUAAGCAGGGAAAUUUUGAUAGGAAUUGCAGUCACAAAAAAUAAUGAGUGACAACUUAUGC